AUGACACGUACUCCUGAAGACGUUAAAACACAGCAUGAUGAUGCUGAGCAAAUCUCUAUGGAUGGUUCCACUCCCAUGGCUACCGAGGCAGGUGACAAGGAACGGCGGGCAAUGGUGGAAAAGAAAUUACUUCGGAAAAUGGACAUUCGAAUCAUUAUUCCCAUGUCCACCUUAUCGUUUUUGAUCUUCCUUGACAGAGCUAUCAUCUCCAAUGCCAAACUAGGUGGUAUCAUUGAAGAUUUAAAUUUAACACCCACCGAAUUUAGCUGGACCUUGUCCAUUCUUUACUUUGGCUACUUUCUUUUUGACAUCCCUUCCAACAUUGUGCUACGAAAAUGGGUAGCAUCAUAUUGGCUGUCACUGCUGACCUUGUUUUGUGGCAUUGUCACCAUGUGUAUGGCGUCAUGCACCAGCUUUGCAGGCUUAAUGGUGACCCGAUUUUUGCUUGGGGCAAUCCAAACGGGAUUCAUUUCUGGUGGCCUAUACUUCCUUUCGAUUUGGUAUACUCGAGAUGAAUACGGAAAGCGAGCAUCGCACUUUAUGGGAUGGGCUACUAUCUCAGGUGCUUCAAGUGGUCUUAUUGCGUAUGGCAUCUCAAUGAUCCCCACCAAUCGGCUAAACACCUGGCAAUGGCUGUUUUUGAUCGAAGGUGUGCCAACAGUGCUGGUGUCGUGCUUCACGUUAUGGUAUAUUCCGGUUAAGCCAGAGACUGCCAAAUUCAUGACCGAGGAAGAGCGCAUUGUUGAGAUGGAACGCCUAGCUAUAGAUCAAAACAUCACAAUCGAUCAAUCUUGGUCUUGGGAUAUCGCAGCAACGGUUGCCAAGGAUUGGAAAACUUACAUGUAUACCAUCAUUUGCCUAUUCAGCACCAUUGCCCUGCAGGGCGUAACCUUGACAUUACCUAGCAUUGUUGCUGGGAUGGGUGCAUGGACCACUGUAGAGUCGCAAGCAUUGACAACACCGCCCUACGUUAUGGCAUUCAUCGGUACCCUGAUUGUUGGCUGGACGUCAGAUCGUUUCUAUGAUCGCUCCUUACAUCUUAUUGUCACUAGUCUUAUCGGCAUACUUGGAUAUUUACUGCUCAUGUUCAUCGAUGAAUCGUUAGUGGGCGUACGCUAUUUUGCCGUUUGCUUGUGCACGAUCGCCACUUAUGCGAAUACCACCAUCAAGUUCUCAUGGUUUGAGAAUAACUUCUCGGGUCUCACACGUCGCGCCAUUGCCAGUGCGACUAUCCUUUCGAUAAGCAACAUAGGAGGCGUAGUGGGGAGCUUUAUUUACUAUGAUCCACCAUUUUACUUUGCAGGCAAUACCAUCACUUUUUGCUGCUUUACAGCACAUGCCAUUACGGUCGUCAUUAUGCGUAUCUUAUUAGCUCGUGAGAACAAACGCCGUGCCGAAAUGAGUCCCGAACAAAGACAAGAGGAAAUUACCAAGCACGGUGGCGAAUCCUUUGCAGGCGACCGACACCCUGAUUUCCGAUACGUUCUCUAG